UUAUAUAUGAUCUCAUCAAUUUUCCUAUAAAAAGGCUCCAAGUAAGAGCUAUCCUUUUUAAAUCCUUCUGAGAGAUUUCUAACACAUGGCUAGUGCAGAAGCUUCAGUUAAGAGAGUAGGAGAUAAGUACAGAUCUUUCUUCGAUGAUGAAGAAAACACCAAAAUUGAGUGGAGACAUGGUGGUCCUCCCAUCUAUGAUAGUGUUAACCAGCUUUUUGAGCAAGGAAGAACUAAGGAAUGGCCAAAAGGAUCCCUUGAAGAAAUAGUACAAAAUGCUAUAAAGUCGUGGGAGAUGGAGCUCUCCCACAAGACUCGCUUGCAAGACUUCAGGACCAUCAACCCAGAAAAAUUCAAGCUCUUUGUUAAUGGAAGAGAAGGAUUAACAGCAGAAGAAACACUGAGAAUUGGAAGCUACAACGCCCUGCUGAAGAACUCUCUGCCGAAAGAGUUUCAAUACUAUAAAGCAGAAGAAGAAAGCUUUGAAUCAUCUCACGAUUUAUUUCGAUCGGCUUUACCUCGUGGGUUUGCAUGGGAAGUUGUGCAUGUUUAUUCAGGACCUCCAUUGAUUGCCUUCAAGUUCAGGCACUGGGGUUUCUUUGAAGGGCCUUUCAGAAGCCACGCUCCCACUGGAGAGCUCGUUCAGUUCUAUGGCCUUGCAACUCUCAAGGUGGAUGAUUCAUUGAGGGCUGAGGAUGUGGAAGUUUAUUAUGACCCAGCGGAGCUAUUUGCAGGGUUUUUGAAGGGACUACCAAUCUCAGACUCUCACACUGCUAAAAGUCAAGACUCAGAAGCAGCUAUUGCCUGCCCUUUCGCAGAACUCAAAUGAAGUUCUUGUUAUAAUAAUUAUUACAUAAUUUUGGUAUUCCUAAAGUGG